UUCUGGCUUAAUGCAGGAAUCUUCUCAACGCCGGUAACUGCGGAUUGAAACCAUGCCGGCCGCAGAUGGGAACUCUGCGUACAAUGCCGGCCCUCAUUUACUUCGCGAUGUCUGGGCUUUUGCCGGGGUUUCCAUUCUGGUAAUGAUCCUCAGAAUAUUGGCAAAAAUCCGGAUCAGGAAGUUCGGAUGGGAUGAUAUACUCAUGAUUUGUUCACUGUGUUUGGCUCUUGUUGGGUCCGCGAUUCUCACAAUAGCUGUUCAAGAUGGCUAUGGCCAGCCUGCCACUACUGUUUCCGAUACUUCCACUGUCAUUUUGUAUGAUUAUUUGGGGCAAACAUUUGGGAUAAGUGGUGGCGUUCUGGGAAGGAUAUCCUUUAUUGUCUUGAUAAAUGGCAUAUUGGGCUCCAGAAAAGGAUACCGACUCAUACUAUGGACUCUCGUCGCUGCACAGGUCAUUGUCAAUAUUCUUUUCAUUCUAAUAAUAUUCUUACAAUGUCCGGGUCAUGCGUCUGCGAUCUGGUCGGAGUCCGAUGACUCUGCCAAAUGCUGGGAUUUGCGUGUGCAGACAUAUUAUGGGUAUUUUGAAGGCUCUUUCAAUUCAGCGACAGAUCUAUAUCUUGCAGCAUUCUCAACAUAUGUCUUUUGGAACCUGAACCUGAAGCUCCGAGUGAAAGUAGGGCUUAUUUCCCUUCUUUGCCUGGGGAUUUUUGCAAUGGCCGCGUCGAUUGUCAAAACAGUGCAACUACACGUCCUAGCCAGCGCCAAUAGUGACCCAACCAAAGCAACCAUCAACUUAGAGCGUUGGCUUUACAUUGAGACCUACCUCGUCAUCAUCACAACAUCGAUUCCAUGCAUUCGCUCGCUCAUUCGGAGACGAAGACAGGGGCAAUCGUAUGGCAGUUCAGGCAGAAACAACACUAACCAAUCACACGAACUAAGCUCCCCGUAUAUUGGGACUUCGUCCUCGUCGUUUAGAACCAAAACGCGAAUGUCGGCUCUUAGUGGGAAGAGCGUAUUUGGAGGAAAUGGUGGUAUGAUAAUGAAUAGAUGCGAUGAUUUUGAAGAAAUUGGCUGCGAGGAUGAGUUGCCCUCUCGAAGAGCUUAUAAUCGUAGUAAUAGCCGGUAUGAUGAGGAGUCUCAUGAUCCGGGAAUCACGAGGAAGGUUGAUUUCUAUAUUUCUGUAGGAAGAGUUGAUUCUGAUUAAUAUUCUCAAAUUGACAUGAGCAAUGAAG